AUCAUUCGUUUUCGUGCUCCACAAGUUGAAUGACAAAUCACAAAACAGAUUGAAAAUUUGAAAGCGGUGGGUGGGGGCUUAUCUCUCUCUCUCUCUCUCAAGAUUUCGGCCUUUAUCAUCCUGUGGCUACCUAAAUUGUACGCCGUUUGCCUUACGCAAGCUUGGAAAGGUGUUAAUCUCUUUUGAAGCAUGGAACAAGUGUGCCCUUGGUCAGGUUGUUUUCAGAGACAGGUUUUCUCAUUCCAGGAAGUGCUUGAUUGGCGUUGUUUCGUACUUGGAUCUGUCUUCUUCAACUGUACUUAGUGAACCUACAGUAUAUGAGCAGUUUCGCAGGCAUAAUGUCUUUUUUUCCUGAGACAGGUUGGAUUGUCUGUGCAUGGUAACAAGGCUGAAACUUGCUUGUAAAUGCUGCGUUUACUGUCGAGUAGUAAAUGAUAUCGUUGGUCUGACCUUUAAGUUUUAGCGUAGUUGUCUUUUCUUCCGACUGGUAUCAGUUAGAUCUACGUUAGAUAUUGAUCAAAUAUUUUGAGAUAGCCGUUUCAACUCAAAGGCAGUGUUUUGGAAGUCUUGUUUGUUGCUACAAGUAUUCCGCUUAUAUACAUUUACUUUUGGAUCAGUAUCAAGAUGCUCUGCAUUUCUCAGUUAUCUUUGCUUAUACUCUGUCAAUGUCUCGAUUUCAAUGAUUCGAUGUCUUUUAUGAAUAAGAGUGUGGGGACUGUUCAUCAGAAUUGCACAGUUCUGCGCAUGCAUUAAAGAACGGAGGUGGAUCCAGCCGUUUAUAUUUUAUAGUCUCGUCUCUAGCUAUCUAGAUAAAGCGUGUUUUUUCUUCUAUGUCUCUUCUUCAUAAAUAAAGUGUCACGUGCAGUUGUGAAUACAAAGAUGGAUAAGUACAAGAUAAUCAAGGAAGUUGGUAAUGGAACCUUUGGGGUUGUCUAUCGGGCUAUAAGUAAACAUAAUGGUGAAGUGGUUGCCAUUAAGAAAAUGAAGAGAAAAUAUUAUUCGUGGGAAGAAUGCAUAAAUUUGAGAGAAGUCAAGUCGCUGCGUAGGAUGAAUCAUACAAAUAUUGUUGAGCUCAAGGAAGUCAUUAGAGAAAAUAGCAUUUUGUACUUCGUGUUUGAAUAUAUGGAAUGUAGUCUUUAUCAUCUCAUGAAAGACAGAGUGAACCCGUUCUCAGAAACAGAAAUUAGAAAUUGGUGCUUUCAUGUAUUUCAAGGACUUGUGUACAUGCAUCAGCAUGGCUACUUCCAUCGUGAUCUUAAGCCAGAGAACUUGCUUGUUUCUAAGGGGCUGAUAAAAAUAGCUGAUUUUGGUCUUGCUCGUGAGAUCACAUCUCAACCACCAUACACCGAGUAUGUUUCAACACGCUGGUAUCGGGCCCCAGAGGUACUUCUUCAGUCACCAAAAUAUGGCUCCGCAGUUGAUUUAUGGGCAAUGGGCGCAAUCAUGGCUGAAUUAUUUACACUCCGUCCACUUUUCCCAGGUUUAAGUGAAGCAGAUGAAAUUUACAAAAUUUGCAGUGUGAUCGGCAGCCCAACAGAGAGCACAUGGCGUGAGGGGCUUAAACUGGCUAAUACACUUAAUUACCAGUUUCCAAAGCUUGCUGGUGCAGAUCUUGGUGCAUUAAUACCAUCUGCAAGCAAUGAGGCAGUCAAUUUGAUUGCUUCUCUCUGUUCUUGGGAUCCAUGCAAGAGACCGACAGCUGUGGAAGCUCUUCAGCAUCCUUUCUUCCAGAAAUGUUACUACAUACCUCCAUCUCUUCGCCCUAAGCCUGCUGCUGCUAACACUCCAUCUGCUUUUUCAGUUGGAUUACAUGGGAGGGGAGCCAUGAAGCAGAACUAUGCAAUGGGAUAUUCCGGCUUUUUGCCUAAUGUGAAGCCAGCUGGCAAUGUUAAUUCAUAUGCAAAAGUACCCGCUUCUCUAAACACAGGAGUGCAUCGUAAACCGGAAAUGAAUCAUCAGGGUGGAGUUAAUUAUGAAAAGGCCACUUCCAGACAACCAAAAUACCAACCUACUGUGAAGUACAAUACAACAGCGGGAUUGAUGGGAAAGAGUGGAGGCGUUUCCGACACUGCAGGGAAGUUGGCACACAUGACCAUCGGUUCAGGUAGAGCUAGACCCCAGAACCAGCAGCAUGUGUAUAUUCCGCCACCUGCAAAAGCUAGGAAGGCUUAUGGUAUUCAGCCUGGUAGACCUUAUUGCAGCAAGGUGGCUGGAUGAUCGGAGAUUUCGCAUCAAAUGUUAAUAUCUUUCUUAAAAUAAACACGUGAACAGAGUUUAUUAUUAUGUGAAUCUAUGUCGCCUUUUACUUCACUGAAGUUUAUUAUUAUGUGAAUCUAUGUCGCCUUUUACUUUUGACAUAUCAUCUCUCUUGUUUCUAUAAAAACAGUGUGCAUUAA